UCGUAUUAGGAUGGCCUCAUUUGAUGAGUACUGCAUCUUUGCAAACAAUAUGAAACUGACUAGGAAGCAAGUGGGGACUCUGGAAAAUCUAGACCCUCCUGGAGAACAUAUGAAGUACUAUGUCUACAAGAUGAAAAGAUCAUCUCUUACUCCAAAAAAAUGCAAAAUGGAGUUUGGAGUUGAGUUCACAAAUGCCUACCUAAAAAGGUACCUUCGACAACCUAUUGAGGUACAUGUUGAGUGCAAUAUCUGCACCGAAAAGGGUAAAAUUAGGAUGGAGAUGGGACGUGGGAGUGAGAUAAACAAGGCAACACUAACAAGUGGAUGGGCAAAAGCUGUGAGGAGGUACUUGAUAGAAGAGGAAGACAUAUACAUCUUCAUGUUCAGCCCAAAUAGUGACGAUGGGCUGCAUCUUCUCAUUAUGCAUCUUUGACCCAUGAGAUUGUUAGUGGCUUAGUGCUACGUUAGUGCCCCUGGGCUAUUAACAUAUGCUAAGAAGGUAUGGACUGUAAUAUAUGGACUCCUACUGCUAUGAACGCUAAGUAUGUUAUGUGAACUAUGUUGUGUUAGUACGUAAUGUGAACAGCUAUAAUUGGAUGGUCAAUAUGUAUGGACUU